AUCAGUCUCACUGUGCUCUACAAAGUAGAGCUCCAUUCGAAACGUUCUUUCAUUUUUAUUACAUUUUUCUCACACAUUUGCCCACAUUUUUCAUCCCAUUGCAUUUGCUCUCCCUACAAAUUGAAGUGUGCCGAAGAAGAGCAACGAUCGCGUAUCGUUCUCAAGUGAUCCUCGUAGUGUUGUUCACAACCCCUUAUUUUCACCACAAAUCCUCAAGCGAAUGAAAAUGAAGGCAUUCGCUAUCAUCCUCGUUGUGGUAUCUCUGAUUGCCAGAGCCACUUCUACAGCUCAACCCGACUGUAUCCAUGGGGACUCAGUGGGUUAUUCAUACCCUGCACCUGCAGUUCAACUAAAUGUAGCUCCGGCUGUGAAAUACGCCUCCGUUGGCCCAUCCUACAGUGCCUAUAGCGCAUCCCCAGCCUACUCCUCAUACUCCACAGGACCUGCCUAUAAAGUGUCCAGCAUUGUACCAGGAUACAGUGCUGAAUCAUACACACCUGGGGUAACGUAUGCCAAAACCGCAGGAGUUGUCCUUGCGGAUCAAUCUCCAUCCUCAAAGUAUGCCGCUGUAGCCCCAUCCGGCUAUGGAUAUGCCACAAGUGCUGGUUUAUCAUCCUACACAACAACAUCAGGAGUGUCAACUUAUGCUGCUCCAGUUGCUAAAGUAGCCGUAUCUGCUCCAGCAAUUACCUAUGCAUCUGCAGCUCCUGCUAUUGCCACCAAAGUAGCUUAUUCUGCUCCAGCUAUCUCCUAUGCUACAGCUGCUCCUGCCAUAGCCAAGGUUUCAUACGCUGCUCCAUCAUAUUCCUACGCUGCAGCACCAGUAGCAACUAAAGUUGCUUAUGCUGCUCCUGCUGUAUCCUAUGCCACAGCAGCUCCUGCCAUUGCUAAGGUUGCCUACGCUGCUCCAGCAGUUUCCUAUGCCACAGCAGCUCCAAUUGCAGCUAAAGUUGCUUAUGCUGCUCCCGCUGUUUCCUACGCCACUGCUGCUCCCGUUGUUGCUGCUAAAGUUAGCAAUGCCUACCUGCCUCCAGUCACAAAGAUCACCACAGGCCCAGCCUAUUCUUCAUACGUUUCCUCACCAGGCUACACUAAAGUUGUCUCAGCACCUGCUAUCUCUUAUUCUGCACCAUUAGCUAAAGUUGCCACUUAUGCCCCUGCUGCAAAGGUUGUUUCGGCUGCCCCUGCUGUAUCUACCGCCUACGUAUCAGCCCCACAUGUGGCUACAUAUUCCGCCCCUGCUGUGACUAAAUAUGUAUCAGCCCCUGCUGUUGCCACUUACUCUUCUGCCCCUGCUGUUUCAACAAGCUACGUCUCAGCACCAGCUAAGGUUGCAUAUGCAGCCCCAGCAGUUGCAACUUACUCAUCUGCUCCUGCUGUUUCAACUGCAUACGUGUCUGCACCCGCUAAAGUUGCUACUUAUGCUGCUGCAGCUAAAGUCGUUUCAGCACCCACAUAUGCCACCUACUCAUCAGCACCUGCUGUUUCUUCAGCCUAUGUAUCAGCUCCAGUUGUAUCCAAAUAUGCAGCAGCUCCUGCCUACGCCACCUAUGCAGCUCCUGCUAAGGUAGCUUACUCCACUGGUCCCGCUGUAACAAGCUACUCAACUGGCGCAGCUUUCGGUAAACUCGUUGCACCUGCUGUUGCUUCCUAUCAUGCUGGUCCAACUGUUGCUUCCUACCAUGCUGGCCCAACUGUUGCCUCUUAUCAUGCUGGACCAAGUGUUGCUUCGUACCAUGCUGGACCAAGUGUUGCUUCGUACCAUGCUGGACCAAGUGUGGCUACCUACACUGCUGCUCCUGCCAUCAGUAAGGUUGUUGCUGCUCCUGCAGUGGCAACAUACGCUACUGCACCAGCCUAUGCGAGCAAAGUUGUUGCUGCCCCUGCUGUAGCCACCUAUUCCCAUGCUCCAGCUGUUGCCACUUAUUCCCAUGGACCUGCUGUAGCUAGCUACUCUCACGGACCAGCUGUUGCUGCUUAUGCCACAGCACCAGCAUACGCUAGUAAAGUUGUAGCUGCUCCAGCUGUUUCCUACGCUGCUCCAGCAUACGCAACUAGCAAAGUUGUUGCAGCUCCUGCUGUUUCCUACGCCGCUCCAGCGUACAGCAAAGUUGUUGCCGCUCCAGCUGUAGCUUCCUAUGCUGCUCCAGCCAUUGCUUAUGGUGGACAUGGUUAUGCAGGUCAUGGUUAUGCAGGUCAUGGUUAUGCAGGACAUGGUUAUGCAGGACAUGGUUAUGCUGGUUAUGGAUACGGUGAUGGAUACUACGGGCAUUCUGGAGCUCUCCGGUAUGCCUCUGCUGUUCCUGCUGUCUCACACUCCGUUGUCCCUGCUACCAAAGUUGCCUAUGCUGCUGCUCCAGCUGUCGUUAAAACCGUCAGUGAGAAACAUCUCGAAUACUACAAUGAUCAUCCUCGUUAUGCCUACGAAUAUGGAGUAAACGAUCCCCACACUGGUGACAUCAAGGAAGCCAAGGAAGAGCGCGAUGGUGAUGUUGUUAAGGGUCAGUACUCCCUUGUUGAACCCGAUGGCAAUGUCCGUACUGUGAGCUACUAUGCUGACUGGGAGACUGGCUUCCAUGCGCAAGUUACAAACAGUCGUGACCAAGUUCAUGGUGUUGUGGCCAAAAGGGCGGCCGUGAAAGCGUAAAAUGUUCACUGCGGCAACUCACAGAGUGUCCUUGCUAUGAAAAAGAAAAACCCGCGAAGCCUCUUAGAAAACCCCCAUAGAGAUUUCAGAUACUCAAAGUUAAGCUUAAUUUAAUUUAUAGAUUCUUUCUUCAAAUUUUUCGUACUCUGAUUUCUCGAAAUUCUCUUGUAUAUCACUCUUUUUCUUUUCUUUUUCUUCUCCUUCCUAUCUAUAUCUCUCUAUAAUGCUAAUCUUAAAUGUAAUGCCAACACAAACAUUAUGUAAUUUUGUUAUUUAAAUAAGAAAAGAAAGGCGUUCGACACCCAGCAAUAUUAUUGUCACUGGAACUCACAAGAAACGAUCAAGAAGCGAUCCUUCUCGUUUCUCAACACAGCAAUUUUCCAAGGAAUUUUCUUCUAAACUUUAUUACAUGCUCCACCCCUUAGUUUAUUUUUUUUCUCUCACCCCCAAGCCUAUGAUUUAAAAAAAAAACAAGAACAAAAAAUAACUAAAAAUGUACAAUGAAAGGAAAACAACACAAGAAAAUCCAUCUAAAGAGAAAGAAAGAACAAAAAAAAAACAUUGCGUGCAUUUGCAUUAUUGAGUUUACUUCUUGUGAUAAAAGUGUCAUAAAUAACUAAUAAUUGUAUAAUUAUUUUUACUUUAUGAUAAAAUUGUGUAUAAAAUAAAAUAUUUACUU